UUUUUUUACUUCAUACAUGAAUUAAUGUUUAUGGGUUAAUUUAAAUCCUCUAAACUUUUUUAAAUACUCCACACAACCACUGGUUUGCAUGAUAAUUCCUUUAUUUUCGAUCACAUUUUAUAAUAUAGCAUAUUUUAUAUAGUUUUUAAUACAUAUUGCCUACAUUUAAGCUCAUUUAACAAAUAUUAGAAGUAAAAAGUAAACCAUUAGAAGUAAUUCAGGUGUAAUGGACCAGUCUCUGUUGUCCUGUUUCCACCGUAACGGCGCUGGAUCUUGUGCCGGAGAUGACUUGCGUUUGGUGGGGGAACUGAUAACUUCAGACCGCCGCCUGCAUUUCACUCGUAGCUGAAAAAUGCUGUGACUGACUCCAUAACCUGUCCAUAAAUAAUCAGUGUACAAUUCUGAGAACAUAUUUUAACAUCCUAAGUAUUUACAUUCUGUAUCUUUUUGAAUAAAAGCAUAAUAUUUUAUGCAAGGCAUCAGGUGUUUCCAUCACGCGAACAGACCGACGCGACACUCGUUUAGGUGACUCACAUCACGCCCCUGUAUGAUGCUUUGCAUAAAAUUAAGUGAUAUACAGAAUAACAAAUUUAUAGAUAAAAUAAAAUGUACACAAACCUGUACUUUAUCGAAGACAUGCACCAAUUUGACGGAGCUGCUCUGCUCUCUCCUGAAGAGGGCGCAAAAAGCCCGCUAUAAAUAACUCAACCCCUGGGUUAUUACGUCUGACCCAGGAUCAGGGUAACCCAAAAACUACCCAAACACUGGGUUGUUACGUCUGACCCAGGAUCAGGGUAACACGAAAACUACCCAAACGCUGGGUUGUUACGUCUGACCCAGGAUCAGGGUAACACGAAAACUACCCAAACGCUGGGUUGUUACGUCUGACCCAGGAUCUGGGUAACCAAAAACUACCCAAACACUGGGUUGUUACGUCUGACCCAGGAUCUGGGUAACCAAAAACUACCCAAACGCUGGGUUGUUACGUCUGACCCAGGAUCAGGGUAACCCAAAAACUACCCAAACACUGGGUUGUUACGUCUGACCCAGGAUCAGGGUAACACGAAAACUACCCAAACGCCGGGUUGUUGCGUCUGACCCAGGAUCUGGGUAACACAAAAACUACCCAAACGCUGGGUUGUUACGUCUGACCCAGGAUCUGGGUAACCAAAAACUACCCAAACACUGGGUUGUUACGUCUGACCCAGGAUCUGGGUAACCAAAAACUACCCAAACGCUGGGUUGUUACGUCUGACCCAGGAUCAGGGUAACCCAAAAACUACCCAAACACUGGGUUGUUACGUCUGACCCAGGAUCUGGGUAACUCAAAAACUACCCAAACGCUGGGUUGUUACGUCUGACCCAGGAGCUGAGUAACACAAAAACCACCCAAACGCUGGGUUGUUACGUCCGACCCAGGAGCUGGGUAACACAAAAACUACCCAAACGCUGGGUUGUUACGUCCGACCCAGGAGCUGAGUAACACGAAAACUACCCAAACGCUGGGUUGUUACGUCCGACCCAGGAUCUGGGUAACACGAAAACUACCCAAACACUGGGUUGUUACGUCCGACCCAGGAUCAGGGUAACACGAAAACUACCCAAACGCUGGGUUGUUACGUCCGACCCAGGAGCUGGGUAACACGAAAACUACCCAAACGCUGGAAAAAUAACCCCAAAAAAUGACCCAAAAGGCUCAACCCAGGACAAUAACCAAAGAUUUUUUUAGAAUGAACAAACAUUUUCACAGUAGUUUUUAUUUGAAUUUACAGUAUAUUAUCAAUAAUUUCUUUAAUGUUUCAUUACUCAUUGUGAAGUCUCACCCACACUUUAUAAGUCACUGUGUUUUCCAAUAUGAGGCAAAUGAUAUUAAAUUACUCACCGGUUUGAUUUUAUGAUGUUGACUGGUGAUUCAUAAGUCAAUCAUUUACAGAAACAUAUUCACAACCUUGUUUACCUUGAGGUAAGGAAGUGGAGUUUCAGACCGUUUCCAGUCCAACGCUGAGCACUGAUGAAGAUAAAGUAAACGCUGAGAGAAGAUUCAUGGAUAGGUGGAACAUGUUCUGAUAUGAGGGACGUGAGGUUUGUUUGCCCGGUUUCUUGGAGACGGAAUUGGUUAUUUAAACCCACAACACUCCUGUGAACUCCGUUAAGAGCCGUUCAACAGCUUCAGAGAAGACGAGGCUCUUCAGGAUGGAUGUUUGUCACUCCGGAGACUGAAGUCUGAGACCGGACGGCAUGCCUUACCUCAUCCACACGGCUCACGCCCAGUUCGUGGCUCUCUGGCUCGGGACGGUCGGCUGGAUCCUCAUCAUAGUGACCGUCGGGCUGGUGGAGUGGCGGGUUUGGGAAGUGUCUGACCUGUCUGUCAUCACCUCCGGUCUGGCCUGGGUGGGUAUUUGGAGAGUGUGUUUUUAUAGUCACGUUCUGAUCUUAUCCAACAAUCAGAUCAUGUUCUGUCAGAGGAUUCAUUUGUCGGAGUCGUUCACGCCACUGGAAAUCGCCACGGCACAGGUGCUCAUGCUAGUGGCGCUGAUUCUGGGGCUCAUGGGAAACGCCAGUGUUGUUUACGGCCUCAGGAACGUUUACUUCGGACUGAACACGUUUAAAGCCAUCAGACUGGCGUUUUACACCGGCGGGGUUUUGUUCAUCCUCACCGCAGCUGCUGCGCUCGUUCCCGUGUGCUGGAAUCUCCAUUCGGUCGUAAACAAUCAGACUAUAAUAUUCCCAGCAGCGUUUCUCAUGCCUCCCGCUCCUGUAAACCAGUCUGUUGGACCUGGUAUCAUCGUGGGGAUUUUUGCAUCCGUCCUGUUGGUCUGUAGCGGGGUGGUUUUUCUGUCCUACAGGGUCCCGGUCAUACUGGAGCCCAAAGUGAGGCCCUCAUGGCCCGGAGAAGGAUGCUCGGGAACCCGUGUUAACCCCCAGGGAAUUGACAAUCCAGCUUUCCAAACACAUCCAUCCUGAAAUUCAGUUUUUAGGAUGGAUGUGAGUGUGUGAUGACCAUCAGUAGCUAAUUAUAAUGCUGUAUUCAUACUGUAACUUUUACUGUACAAACACUGCCAGACCCAGGAGACCCUCAUAAUCAAAUAAUACUAAUAAUGUGCAAACUAUAUUUUCCAGAAAAUAAGUCAGAUAUGUAGCAAAUUUACAUUCUUAAAAGGAAAAACACACAGAUAAAGACACAUUUUAUUAUUAUCUACGUUCAGAAAUAAUGUAAAAUACUGGUAGGCCUAAAUAAAAUGAAACGUUUACAGACAUUAAACACUAAAAACGUAUUUUAUUUCCCCUCAUUCCACAACAAAUUCUCAGGAACAGAUCAGGAAUGAAAAAUAUAAGUAGGCCUAUAAUGGCAUUCAUUAUAAACGCCACGAAUACAAAGUCACUUUGGAAUAUAAGUCGCAGGCACGUUUCAAAUAAUAAAAAAACGGGACUUAUAUUCUGGAAAAUGUUAUCUAUUUUCAUCUGUUUACAUACUUUCUGCAUUGAAUUUUACUUUUUUUUUGCCAUUGUUUUUGUGCUUUUAUCUCAUUUUGUAUAAUGUAUUUGAAUUGUUUAAAGGGUCUGUCAUUGAGAUGUGUAUUAUUAAACGAUACUUUAUGGCAGAUAAUUUUAUCUGUUCGUGAUGAAAUAUAUAACUGAAUAUCAUUGGCAUAAUUAUGAUGUGUAACCGUGGAAACUAAUUCUAUGUUUUCUAAUGAUAUUACCAAGCGGAAGCAGCAUGUAUAUUGAAAAUAGCAGCGGGCCUAACACAGAGCCUUGUGGCACUCCAUAAUUUACUGACGUUACUUUGGAUAAUUUCACUGUUUAAAUAAACUAAAUGUUAACGUCUGAUAGGUACGAUUUAAACCACCUUAAUGCCUGUCCCAUGUCAUGUAUGUCAUGAUUUAUAGUGUCGAACGCAGUGCUAAGAUCAAGUAAAACUAGUAUUGAGUAAGUCAUUCGUAAUUUUAACAAGCGCAGUUUCUGUGCUAUAAUGGGGCCUAAUUCAGGACUGAAAUAUUUCAUUGAUAUCAUUGUCUUGCAGCCCAAUUGAGUGGAGACAACUAUUUAAAGUAUUUUAGACUUAAUGGAAGAUUUUAUAAUGGGUCUUGCUAAUUCAUUUGGAUCUAGUUGUGGUUUCUUAAUGAGAAGCUUAAUAACUGCCAGCUUGAAUGGUCUUGGGACAUCACCUAGAGAUAAAGAUGAGUUAAUAAUAUCAAGAAGCUUUUUUGCUACAGGUAGUUUAGUGGGUAUUGGAUCUAAUAAACAUAUUGUUGGUUUAGAUGUGAUGUAAUAAGUUUAUUUAGCUCUAUGUUCUAUAGCUGUAAAGCUACAAUUGUUUUUGAGGGGAGAUAAGUGAGUCUGAAUCAUAAAACGCUGUCAACGGUUGUACGUUUACAAAUGUAUUUUUGAUGCUUUUGAUUUUCUCAGUGAAGCCAAACCCAAAUUCAUGAGCAUAACUGCAUUAAACUCCUGUUUGACUAUAAAAAA